GUGACGUCAGAAAGUAAACAGAGGAGCUGUCAGUGGAUCCAGAAAUUGAAUUAAAAGAUAAUUUCGUCAAAAGGGGGGCGAUUUAUGAACACUAAGGGACACUUGAAUGACAACCCUGUGCAAACAUAUAAUUAAGGUUGACCAGGGACAGUGACGCUGUGCUGUGAUGUUCACAGACAUGGACUAUGAGUUGGAGGAGGACAAACUGGGGAUACCAACGGUACCUGGUACUGUGGUUCUGAAGAAAGACCCUAAUAACCUGAUUGGGAUCAGCAUUGGAGGAGGAGCUCAGUACUGUCCGUGUCUCUACAUCGUCCAGGUGUUUGAUAACACCCCCGCAGCUCUGGAUGGGACGGUGGCGGCAGGCGAUGAGCUCACAGGCGUGAAUGGGAAGCCAGUGAAGGGAAAGACCAAAGUGGAGGUGGCCAAGAUGAUCCAAGCUGUGCAGGGGGAAGCAGUCAUCCACUACAACAAACUGCAGGCAGACCCCAAACAGGGGAAGUCUCUGGAUAUAGUGCUGAAGAAAGUGAAACAUCGCCUGGUGGAGAAUCUGAGCUCCGGCACAGCUGAUGCUCUGGGACUCAGUCGAGCGAUUCUAUGUAACGACGGACUGGUCAAAAGACUGGAGGAGCUGGAGAAGACAGCAGAGCUCUACAAAGGUCUGAUGGAGCACACGAAGAGACUACUCCGAGCUUUCUUUGAGCUUUCUCAAACACACAGAGCGUUUGGCGAUGUGUUCUCGGUCAUCGGGGUUCGAGAGCCUCAGGCUGCAGCCAGCGAGGCUUUCGUGAAGUUUGCAGACGCUCAUCGCAACAUCGAGAAAUACGGCAUCAAGCUGCUGAAGACCAUCAAACCUAUGCUCCACGAUCUGAACACAUAUCUUCACAAAGCCAUUCCCGACACGAAGCUCACCAUCAGGAAGUACCUGGACGUGAAGUUCGAGUAUCUGUCGUACUGCCUGAAGGUGAAGGAAAUGGAUGAUGAAGAAUACAGCAGCAUCGCCAUGGGGGAGCCGCUGUACCGGGUCAGCACCGGGAACUACGAGUACCGUCUGGUGCUGCGGUGCCGACAGGAAGCCCGCGCCCGCUUCGCCAAGAUGAGGAAGGACGUUCUGGAGAAGAUCGAGCUGCUGGACCAGAAACAUGUUCAGGACAUCGUGUUCCAGCUGCAGCGCUUCGUCUCAGGAAUGUCUCAUUACUACGACGAGUGCUACGCCGUCCUGAAGGAGGCGGACGUCUUCCCCAUCGAAGUGGACCUCUCCCGCACCACCAUCAACUACGGCAGCCAGUCGUCGUACACCGGAGAGUAUGAGGAGGAAGAGGAGGAGGAGGAGGAGGAGGAGGGAAAAAGAGAAGAGGAAAGAAGACAGGCAGAGAACGGCGCUGAGAAACUGAUCGAUGACGAAUGAGUGAAUGGAGACUAAGUCCAUUCCUAUAACAUAACAGCUCUUCACUUUAUAUCAACGCACUCACCAAGCAGCGACCUUUACGGUGGUCGACCAGUGCAAACGUGCUACAACGGCCCAAAACAUUUCCAUUAGGAGAAACACGCUGCAGCUCCAGAAAUUACGUAAAUAUAAAACCACAAAUGUGCCAAAACACACAAGAAACAUCUUCACCAACUUGAGGAAACAUGCGCAGCGAUUACUUAAAGAGCCUCAUAAACGUAGCACUGCAAGAAGCUCAAAACAACAGAAAAGGGGGACACUAAAAAGUGAUGCACGCUCGGGAUUAUGGGAUUAUGAAAGACUGUUUCAUAAUGACAAAAGUGGUUUGUCAAUAUAUUUUAAAUGUCUAGGUUAGCUACGUUAGCAAAUUAGUUUACAGAAGAUCUGCAAUAAUAUGUGACCACAUUGUUCAAAUAAGCCGAUACAACUUUUAAGAUAAAAUAAGAUAGGACUUUAUUCAUCCCGAAGGAAAUUGUUGUGCCAGAGUUACAAAAAUACAAUAAACACAGCAGCACAAUAAUAAUAAAUCUGUAGACUAACAGUGCCGUAAAAACAGCAAUUCAAUAUCUACAGGAAACAUUAAGGUACGUUUCCAGUUGGCACAUUUUAAAAUCCCCAAAUGUCAACAAGAGCUCCGGUCCCAGCUAUGUGCGUCACUUUUUAAUGUCCCUGUUUCCGUUGCAUUUAUGCAGCGCUUUUAGGGAACGCUGCGUAUGUUUCGUCAAGUUGAUCAAGAUGUGUUUUGGCACCUUUUGUGUUUUUUUUUAUUUGCAUCGUUUGUUUCUUCUAAUGGAAAUGUUCCGGGGCGUUGUAAUGUUUUUGCAACUGUAGGUCAUCCGUAGUUCUUUGUAUUGAAUUACAGCUGUUGAAAUGGAUGAAGGUGAAUACUACUGAAAAGCGCUGCUGUAAUGCUAUUUGUUUGUCUUUGUUGGUGGUGUUUUCUUUCUGGGAUACUCUCAAAUCAACAGCGUUUGUGAUUCUUUUUCACUUUAAUUUAAUUUUGAAUCUGAAUGCUUUUAAGGAUUUAAUUUUCAGUAAGAUUUAUAUGCAUAUCUGGUGUGCCUUCUUAGCUAUUAAUGAAGUGUAAUGGGCUGUGUUUCAAUGUUCAUAUUGUUGUGGAUUGUAUAAGUUAUUCCUUUAUAUUUGCAUUUUUAUUUAAUUUUUUGAAAGGGAACUAUCUACUAACUACCUAAAAUGAUGUUUAGUGGUUAAUGUCAAGUGGCACUUUCUCCUCAGUUCAACAGACUAAACGACUGGAUAAAUAUAUGAAAUGUGGAGGUGUUGAUGAAGAUGACGACUGAAGCAGACUUCAUUUUAUUCCUACAUGAAGACUUUGUUACAUUCCUUUAUCCCCUCUUUUUUUAGUCAUACGAUCAGUUUCACCUGCUGCUUGAUUUAAAUUCAAAUACGUUCAUUUGUAUCCUGUAACACACUGGCAUUGCUCACUUCUUCAUAACAGCAUGUUUCUGUUUAGGAGGAGAAGGGAGGAAUGUACACACAGAGCUUUACCACUGUGUGGAAACAAUAAAUACUGCAAACACUACAUGUCCUGUAAAUAAGUGUGUACAAAGAGAAACGGUGUAAAAACUGUCCGUGUACGUAUCAAUUGUUUUUCCUCUCCUAAACCAGUAAAUGGAAAAGCAACAGAA